AUGGAUAUUGACGAGCCCAUAAAGGAUCAAGGAUCUACUUUUUCCCUUGAUAUUCUGGCUCUUAUAAAUGAAGCUCGAAAUACUUAUGGUCUUCGACAUCAGGAUUACUCGCGUUAUAGGGUCCAUCGCUUUCGUGAAUCGGUGAACUUCGUUCACUGCAAAGGUAGUAAGUUCACUCAGGCAAGGGAGGUAACUGAGGCGGAUCUCAAUGACGUAAGAUUCUUGCAUAUUGUAUUAUUUGACGUUGAACGUGCUUGGAGUUAUGCAAUGGAAUUGAAAAGAGAGUCCCGAUCUAGUGGUGAUACGCGUAAAAAACAUCAUUUAAUUAAAAGAUUGAAAAAAGCAGCAAAAUUAGGUGAAAAACUAGAGAAUUUGUGUUCACGAGAAGCUGGUAAAGUCGAUACUCGGACUGUUUUGGAAGCUCAGGCAUAUUCUGCUUUGAUGUCUGGUUACCUGUUGUUCGAGAGACAAUCAUGGCAAGCUGCCUUAGAUAAAUUUGCUGCUGCAAGAACGAUAUAUGAAAAAUUGUCCGCUGCAGGAACUGCUCAUCAAGAGACACUUUGCCAAUCAAUAAUUGAUGAUAUUGAUCCUAAUAUCCGUUACUGUGCCUACGUACUAAGGUUAGGUGCUGAUAGUGCUUCCGACGUAGAAGGUCUCGUAAAGAUGACUAUCGGAAAAAAUAAAGGUGUUGGCUUGGAUUUAUUAGAAGCCGAAGUGGAAUCCGUUUUAGCUCAAACGCGUCAAGAAAAGGCAGCAUCACUUACAUCCAUAACUUGGCGAGGUCAUACUGUUCCACUCAGAAAUGCAGAUUUGGCGAUUUGUAUUUUGAAAGCUCAAGAUGCAACAACAAAUUUAGAAAACGCUUCUGAUGCAGAUGUAGAAGAGGCGAUGAAAAUGGAAAUGUUUGACUCUCUUCUUGAGGCUUAUGGAGAUGCAGAAAGGUUCGCAAAAAAUGCCGUGAAAGAGGAUAUGGAAGCGACCGCAAAGGUCAAAUCUUCCAAAUCGGAACAAUUUUCUUCGGAUCUCAAUUUCGUUUAUAACUAUGUAGCAUAUAACUAUUUAAGUCGUAGAAUUCAACGAAAUUUGAUGCUUGUUGAUUCACUUCGACAUAAAUUAGAACAAGAACAUUCAGAAGGUGCACGAUUUAUCUGUGGAAAAUAUCAAGAUAUUGUCAAAUUAUAUGAUAAUGUGUUACAGGAUAGUUUAGCUUUGUCUCAAGAAAUUGAUGCAAAGAUUUGGUAUUUUAAAGCUUGGAGGACUUUAUAUGUUGCAUCUGCUUACGAAGUUUUAAACAAAGAUUGGGAAGCAAUAUCCCUACUUGGACGUGCCAGAGAGUACAAUUCUCAAGCAAGAAGUGAUUUGUCCCAAGUAACUGUACCUGAUAAAGAUGAUAUAUUAGUGGUUACCUUAAAGGAAGUCGAAGAAUUAGAAAAUAUUAUUAGAAGUUACAGGUGUAAAGCACGUGCAACGUGGCAUCUUCGGCAUAGUGGAUCAGACGAUUCUGAUGUAACAAAAAAAUUGGGCGAGUUGACUAUCGAUGAAAAGUCUAAAUCUGACGUUAAAGAAAUCAUUGAAGAGUCACCUUUGAUCGAACGUCUUAACCAAUAUCCAUCAAAUUUAACAAUGAAUAAUCCGCAAUUAAUUAAUUUCCCGCCGGAAUUUACACCAAUUCCUGCUAAACCAUUAUUUUUUGACAUAGCCUUCAAUCAUGUUGAUUUCCCUUCAUCUCUCUCCCAGCGUGCCGGCAGAAAACCAGAUGGAUCAGGUCGUUUUGGUGGCUUUUUUGGUAGUUUAUGGGGUGCUAAGAAAUGA